UAUUAGCUUGGGUUGUAUGUAUGUAUGUAUGUAUGUAUGUAUGUAUGUAUGUAUGUAACGGAAUCUUUGAGCUUAAUUUUCACUGAUUUCUAAACGUCUGAUCAACUUGAAACUUUGCACACGUAUCAAGGACCGAUGACAAUGCAAUAUUUUGAUAAGAGUUUCUCAUUAUCCUUAUUAAAACUGCCAGGAUUAAUAAAUUCAUUUUUAGAUCCUUCGUAUGAGAGUAAGAGAGACAGAGAUAGCACCAGUGCCAGUAAUCUCCAUACAAGAAACCAAGAAGUUCUGACGUAUAAGGAGUCCAAAAAGAGAUGUAAUAUAUUUCCAUAUAAUGUUACUAUUAACCUGAGGCUUUUUUAUUUCAUCGCAUCGCUCCAUUUAGAAUUACCAUUAGAAACAAUAGUAGAAUUAGUAGAAUAUUUUAAAACAAUAAAAAAUAUAUAAGUAAUAAAACAAAAGUAAUAAAUGAAAAUUGAACAACUAAAUUUACAACAAUACAAGAAUAAAGUUACUACCUACAGAACUUUGCGAUAUUUAAUACGUAUUUAACAUAUUAAUGCAAUUCUUGAAUUAACAUUAGGUAUCUUUUGCCUAUUUAUAAUAGCAACACUGUAAUACUCGUUUAAGACAUGAGUGACAGUUUUUUAUGUCAAAUAAGUUUUGCAGUAAGUUUUGUUUUGAAUUCGAUUAGAAAACCUGUAAACUUUCUUUCUGUUUUUUUUUAUACCGGUGCCUGUGUAUUUACCUAUUUGCACUUUGUUUUGUGCUGAUAACUUGUCGUUAUUUGUAGUUUGGAAUCUUCCGUUGAGUCGAGCUUUGUUCUUCCGGAUAUUCGUGUGAUUUUAUCAUCUGAGAUUGGACUCUGACUGUGUUCACUGUGUUGUGCAGAUAUUUUUUAGAUAGGACUCCUGUAAAAAGUACCUGAUUAUUUGAGAUAGGAGUUCCAAGUUUGUGUUUGUUUUUGUGAAAGACAGUUUUACAACGAAAGUGCCACGAUGUCUUCAGAUAAACAUUGUUGCGUUCCUGGUUGUAAAGGCAGUGGAGAUGCUUGGCAGCGCUCGGCGCGGGGCGGAGGGCCACGGGCGGCUGAUGGAUCCGCCGGCGAGGAACUCCAUGUGGCGGUUCGGCUUCCCCAACCCUGUCAACUAUAACGACAAUGAGCUGUUCUGCGGAGGUUAUGCCGUUCAGUGGGAGCAGAACAGCGGCCGGUGUGGGGUCUGCGGAGACGCCGACCACCUGGCGGAGCCCCGGCCGCACGAGGCAGGCGGCAUGUACGGCAAGGGCAUCGUCACCAGGCAUUACAGUGUGGGACAGGAAAUUGAAGUGGAAAUCGAACUAACAGCGAACCACCUCGGGACGUUCGUGAUGAAGCUGUGCCCAAACAACAACCCCAACCAGGAGGCCAGCCAGGAAUGCUUCGACAGGUAUCCCCUGUACAUAUCCGGGACCAGAGAGGAUCGGUUCCUCAUCCCGCUGGACACGAAGAAGAAGGAUAUCUUCAGGUACCGAGUGAGGCUACCUCCCUACGUGACCUGUACGCAAUGCGUAUUGCAGUGGACUUACUAUACUGGUAACAUGUGGGGUAUCUGCGCGAACGGAACAGAAGCAGUCGGCUGUGGCCGCUCGGAGACAUUCCGGAACUGCGCGGACGUUAGUGUUAUCACCAGCACUGGUGGUAUACCCCCGGCCUUCGCGGGAGACCUGAGAAGGGACAAUCCCUUCCAACUCUACUACAGGGAUUAUAGUAUGCCGCAGACGAUUUACCCCCUGGUUGUAAGAGAAGUCUCUAGCGACUUACCUAAUGACGUCGAGAAGGAAUCCUUGACCGCUAUUAGCAAUGAAAUUGAUAUAUCCGAUUCAGAGGAGGAUAUUACCCGCCCAAUUGUAAUUAGAGAUCAAGUAUGCACCCCGACGAAUGCGUUCCGUGUGAUCCCGGGGAUGCUGAGCUGGUGUCAGACCAACUGCCUCUCCUAUCCGCCCAACUGCCCGCCAGCUUUAUGUCAAUGCCCACAAACGUGCGAAGCUAUAGGCGAGCUGGAAGGCCGGGAUGGAGCGGACGUGUACUGCAUGGACCAAUGCAUCGUGUACCCGCCGCGCUGCCCGCGGGACCGCUGUCGCUGCUACGACGAGAGACUGGGGGAAGACUACGAUGAGUUCGCCCGCUACGUCACGCCGGGCAGACUGUUUAGAUUGGCGCCGGGCGAAGAUUAAGUUUGGAGGGACCAGAGGACUUAGUUCUUUCGAGUACUACAAAAAGAUAUUAGGAACAAAUGGUUUCAGUAUAAUCAGUGCAAGUUUAUCAGACAAGAAUUAAGAGGAUGAACUUAUUUGGUGAUAAAUAGGGUUAUAUAUUUUGAGUCAACUUAUUUUUCGGGGAUUGUAAACUUCUGUGUAAUAAAAAAAUUAUGUUGGAUUAAUAAUAUUUUCGCUUUAAGUACUCUGGUUCACCUAACGUUAAUUAUGAUAAAUUCCAUAAAAAAUAACGAAAUCUCCAAGGCCAUUUUGGUUGUCCUAAUACCGUGCCAUAAUAUAUAUUUUUCGACGACAUUAAAAUUUUAUUUUUCUUUUAAAGUUAUUAGGCGUUACAAAAACGCUUACAGUCACAUGUUUUAUUCAUUCAUAUGAUUGAUUUUUAAUAAAAUAUAACUCCCAUUUUUUUAUUCAUAUUAUAAAAGAUUUCGUAAAUGUAUCUAUCAAUCAUAUGUCUAUUUUAUAAACAUUUCUGAUUAUAUUUUUGAUAGUUGAAGUAGUAAAUUUUUUAGGAGAUUUAUACAUUUUGUACAGGUGUAGAAUAUUUUGAUGUAAGUCUUAUAAGGUGUUUGUAUUAUACUUAGUACUUACUACGAUGUAUUGUAAAUCCUCUCUUCCUUGUAUUGACGUCAUCCAAGACUUGUAUAGUUUAUAUAUUGAAUUUAAUGUUGAACUGUCUUCAAAUAACACGAAAGGAAAUUUUCCAUUGCAGGGCUCAUAAGUUCCGUUACAUUAUUCAUAAAUAUAUAUUUCAUACUCGAGUUUAUAUUUAAAAAAUAUAUAAAAUAAAAAAAGUCUAUAUUUGAAAAUAAAGAAGUUUUUUAUGAUUUAAAUAGUUUUAUACAUAGACAAACAUCAAUAAAGGAAUACGUUUAUAUAGGCUGUUACAAUAUGACGUCAAUGUAUAUUCGUUUACUUGAAUAUUUGUAAAGUUAAUGAGAUUAUAGUUUUA